AUGUUCGAAUUCCUUAAGCAGAUCCCAAACGUCGUCAGUCGUACUGACGGCGUUUCGAACCGCCCGUCCUCUUCGCCUUCCAUCAUUCGCCGUCAACCCGCCUCGGUGGUCCUACCGGACGACGGCAUGGUGUUCUUGAACGAGGACAAAACAUCGCUGGCUCCUAUUUCGGAAGAAGAAAGAGAAAAACUUGGAACUACAGCAAGCAUCGUCGAUUGCACUGACGGUGUUCCGAAGCGUUCUCCUUCGUUUUCCUCUCGCCACAAGCCCGCCUCGGUGUCUUCACGAGACCACGGUACCGCUGCCGAUUCUGACACAAGCAUUGUUGGCUAUACCGACGUUGUCUCGAGAAGUUCUUUCUUUCCUCAUCCCGCUCGCUGUCAGCCUGCUCCGAUGGCUCCGGGGGCACGUUUUGGAAUCUCCGCCUACCCCGACGGAGGUACUGACGACAUACCGAUGGCCGGCAUACCGCUGAUUGAUAUCCGAUCAACAGCUGACGUUAGCAGUGGAGAGAGUCCUUCACGCUCGCGGGUUGCUGACGGUGCCGGUCAGAACAACGCUGUCUUUUCGACCGACUACGGGGGUCCAGACUUUGAGUCUAAGUCCACGGAAGAAUCUUCAUCGAAGGAAUGGCUAGUUAUGGUCGUCGAAUACGUCGAGCAAAUGCGCCUUCAGCAAUGGGUAUCUAUUCAUGGCUCUCCCUUGCCGCAGCCAAUACCCCUUCUCCGUGAUGAGCCUUUCCGCAUCCAGUUCUCUAGGGACAUGCGCCCCUGCUGGGCAACCGAUGCAUAUUUUUGGCUUGCAUUUAUACCCAGAGACGUCGCUUUUGAGGGCCGCCUAUUUGAAUCUCUGCAGUCGCCCUUUCCUCUCAUUACUAGUCAAGUUCGGUUACCGAAUGGCCACACUGGGCAGCGCACUAGUCUCAGCGAGCAAGCCCGUUACAAGUGGUCCCAACUAGAGUUCGUGCUCGGUCAGCUGCGUGGCCUGCUCACCAGAAUGGCUGGGACGCUUCCAUUGGGCUUAGAGUCUCCCCCUUCCCCGUCAGAGUACGGUUACGAGCACUAUUUCUCGGAUCGUAAGUCAGCAUACUACGCGUUGGAAAAGGCCCAGUGGGCGUUCCUCUUGCACAUGGCUUACAUCUCGUGCCUCGGUUGCAUGAACCCCUCCCUCAUCGACUCGCUGAAUUUGACUGGCUCGGUCUGGAAGCACGUACCAGAUGAGGCUAAGAUUGCACUCCAGCUGUCCUGGAUAUUUUCCAAGUACAAAACUGUCCCUCGCGUUGGGGCCUUUGUCGACACAACUCUCUCAGGACAGUGGCUUCACCACUUCGAUGCCAUUUCUGCUGUACCUGGCCUCCCGCUAUGGCUACAUUAUCCCGAGGAUCCAUCUGUUCCACUCGCCCAUCAGACGUUUAAGUUGCAUGCUCCAACCAAGGAACAGAUAGCAGAUGCUUUAGAGAAUCCCGAAACCUAUCAUCGAAUACUUUCCUCCCGGGAGGCUUAUGGUGCCUCUUACUCCAGCAUCCCGCGGAGCGUUGGUACGUCUCCCCACACGCCGAAAGGCGCUCCCGAGUCCGACAGGGAGUAUACCCAUCCGUCAUCCGAUAUUCCCUUCCUCGUCGCUUCCCCUCUUGUGAGGAUCAAGACCGAAGCCGUUCCCCUUGUUGCCGCGGGGAUCGAGACCGAAGUCGAUCUCCCCGUCGCGGUUAUUCUCUUGGCUUUGAGGACCCGAGUCAAAGCUGCUCUGUUCGACUCUCUCGGCCCCCUUACGAAUCUCGAAGGGAACACGAGAUAUAUCCCUUUAUUAAUCGCGGGGAGUAUUGAAACAAACCGCCUUCCUUCAGCACGCUCUCUCGUCGCCCAUCUUCGAGUACAGGUGGCUUUGAUAGAGAGCGAUUCCAGUCUGCGUUCCGGUCGUGGUUCGCAGAUUUAG